ACACAUCUGCAGUCCAAACCUGAUCCAGAACAGUUCUGCCGUGAUGGGGGGGGUUUGAAUGUUCUCUCUUACACUUCACCUAGAGAACCACAUGAGCCAUGCAGUGGAGCAUGGAGGUUACUUCAUCUUAAAAUGAAUGGCCCAUGGAAGAUCAAUAAAACCAAGAAUAUUCCACCCCAGAGAGAGGGACUGGAUUGUGGUCUGUUCAUGCUGAUGUAUGCACUCUAUAUAGCCCUGGACUGGACAUUUGACUUUAGCCAGGAUGACAUCCCUCAGCUCCGAAGGUGGUUUGCUCUUCAUGUCACAUCCAAGGUUGUCAGAGUCCACCAUCACCAAACAGCCAGCAAGUACGGAAACUGUGAUGGGUCAAGAUGA